AUGGUAUGAUCCGGACUGCUUCCGGUUUGCGGCGGCGCUGUUUCCGGUGCUGUGCUGUGUGAGAACUGCAGUGCGCGCGGUUCACCCCGACGACAUGUUGUCCCAUUCCCGCUGUCUCUCCCGGAGCCUCGGGCGCUCGAUCACCGCCCUGCGGCAGGGAAACGGUGUUCUUGCUAGACGGGCUACUUCAGGUAUAUCAUCAGCUAGUCAGUGCGUCUCCUUCAAGAACAGCCCGAGGAGUGAGACCCGGUCAAGCGUCUAUCAGAUCAGAUACUUCAACACCACAGCCGCUCACAGGAAUGAAGUUAUCACGGUAAAAACCCCAGCGUUUGCGGAGUCUGUCACAGAGGGAGACGUCAGGUGGGAGAAAGCUGUCGGAGACUCGGUCUCUGAGGAUGAAGUCGUCUGUGAGAUUGAGACUGAUAAGACGUCGGUGCAGGUUCCCUCUCCAGCUGCCGGAGUCAUCGAGGAGCUGCUGGUUCCCGACGGAGGGAAAGUGGAAGGAGGAACGCCUCUCUUCAGACUCAAGAAAGGAGCUGUAGCUGCUAAGACGACGGCGGCGGCGGCUCCUCCUCCUCCAGCAGAGACGCCUGCGCCUGCGCCUGCUCCUCCGGGUCCGGGUCCUGCGGGCCCCAUGCCCUCCAGCAUGCCCCCCGUGCCCCCUGUGCCGGCCCAGCCCAUCCAGGCCACGCCAGUUUCAGCCAUUAAGCCCACUGCUGCUGCUGCUCCUGCAGAUACUGGGGCCAAAGCCACCCGAUCAGAGCACAGGGUGAAGAUGAACCGCAUGAGACUGCGAAUCGCUCAGCGGCUGAAGGAAGCGCAGAGCACCUGUGCCAUGUUGACAACCUUCAAUGAAGUGGAUAUGAGCAACAUUACAGAGAUGAGGAAACUAUAUAAAGAUGCUUUCCUGAAGAAACACAGUAUCAAACUGGGCUUCAUGUCUGCGUUUGUGAAAGCUGCUGCUUACGCUUUGACAGACCAGCCUGCCGUCAACGCUGUCAUUGAUGACACAACCAAAGAGAUUGUGUAUCGGGAUUAUGUGGACAUCAGUGUGGCCGUCGCGACACCAAAGGGUCUGGUGGUUCCGGUGAUCAGAGGAGUGGAGGGAAUGAACUUCGCAGACAUUGAGAAAACCAUCAACGAGCUGGGAGAGAAGGCUCGUAAGAAUGAGCUGGCUGUGGAGGACAUGGACGGCGGGACGUUCACCAUCAGCAACGGAGGAGUGUUCGGCUCCAUGUUCGGGACGCCCAUCAUCAACCCGCCGCAGUCGGCCAUCCUGGGCAUGCAUGGCAUCUUCGACCGGCCCGUGGCCAUCGCUGGGAAGGUGGAGAUCAGGCCGAUGAUGUACGUGGCUCUGACGUACGACCACCGCUUGAUUGACGGCAGAGAGGCGGUGACCUUCCUCCGAAAGAUCAAGUCUGUGGUGGAGGACCCUCGGGUGCUGCUGCUGGACAUGUGAUCACACACACACUGAUACGUC